CGAGUUAGAAGGCAAUCAUGGGAUAGCGUAGUUAUAAAAAUGGAGACAGAUGAACAGCAAUUUAACGGACUUCUAGGAAUUCUCGAGAAGAUUAAUGUCUAUGUGAACACGUUGAGGUCAAGGCUUGAAUCAGAAGAAAAUAACAGCCUCUGUGACAUACCUCUAACAUUGGAAGAAUGUAAACUUAGAGACUAUCAAAUAUUGGGCUAUAGAUGGAUAAGAACUUUAUAUGAGAAUGGAAUGAAUGGCAUACUGGCAGAUGAAAUGGGCCUCGGCAAAACUGUUCAGGUUAUUGCUGGUCUAGCUGACUUGAUUGAGUCUGGUGUUUCUGGACCCUUUUUGAUCAUCGCUCCAUUGUCCCUAAUAUCUGUUUGGUCUGACCAGUUAGCUACGUUUGCACCUAGACUUCCAUGUAUGGUUUACUAUGGAUCAAUGAAAGAACGUCUAGAACUCCGGAAAUUUAUUCGUAAACGUAUUCAUAUAUCUCUUGAUGGCCCAAUAAAAGUUCCCUUAUUUAAAGUGUAUGAAAAAUCACAGAAUAAUGACACUGUAGCAAAACAAGCUAUGCCUCAGUGUAACGAAGGUCAGGCAGUUUCUAGUAGUAGUGAUAAUUUAUCUUAUCAGACAAGUUCAUUCUGUUCAGAGCCUGAAGGUGAUAACUCUGUUGUUUCACUUUCUGUUAGCUCUUGUUCAUUACCUAGCUACUCUUCAGCACCAAAAAGAAUGCGUACACACGAAGAUGAAAUGAAUAUUUCUCAAAACCAUGAGAUGAAACAUUCCUGUACUGAUGUAGUCGAUAGUAUAAUUUCUGAAGUAUUGUCAAGUUUUGAUGAUCAUGAGGAGAAAAAUGUGUUAAAGGAUAACUCCAGUCCAAGUUACGCAGCAGGCGAAAAUUUCAAAAUUAAAAUUGAUCCUGAAGCUGAGAAAAUGUCAGCAGAUGAGACUGAAGAGGGACGCUCGGAUUGUUUAGUCAAUGGAAACGUAGAUGUGCCUGAUGCAAUGCCAACAACACCCGUCCAAAAUCAUCAUCAUACGGAGAAUAAUUGUAUAAAUACUACAGAAUCACCAUCAAGUGAAGCUAUUAUAUGUGAUAAUGUCCAACUACAAAGUGCUAAGGAUGAAUAUCCCACUGAGGAUAAAGAACACAUGUGCUGCAACCAAACAGAAACGGUAGAUCCUUGCAUAUCUAAUUCCAGCGUCGAAGAAGAAGAUUGUGUCAUUGCUUCUCCAUCAAAAAUCAGUUCUAGUUCACUUCAGAUUUGUGCAGAAAACGAAAAUUCCUCAGUUCCUCCUGAGAUUUCAGAAGAACAUACUGAUGUUACAGUGGGGUGCACGCAAGACGAUGUCUCUACUGAUUUGAAUUCACCCUGCCUUAUUGAUGAUAAGGCAUCAUCUGAUUCCCUAUCCAACUUGCCAUUAUGUGAACAGACAGUGCCUUAUUCUACACAAACUGAAGAAGAUAAACUGAUAGCUUUAGCUCAUUUAGAUGAUAUUAUCACCAAUGUUAUAAAUGACUACCAAAAUACAAAUGUGGAAACAAUUGCCGACUGUGAACAUUCAGAAUCUUCGACAAAUACUAAAGUUGCCAGCGAUGUAUUCACAAGCUGUAUAGAAGAAGAAUCAACAACCGAAAAAAUUCAUACAGAUCAGACAAAUAAUGAUCUGAGCGAUAAUCAUGAUCUACAACAGGAAUGUCAUUUCAGCAUAGAUUCACACUAUGCAAGCUCAAUAUAUUCUACUUCUAACAGUUCCACAUCUAAGGAUGUCAAUUCAUCCAGUUUCAAGACAUGUCCAAUCAUAUUGACAACAUUUGAUGUAGCUAUUCGUGAUGCAGGUUACCUGAAGAAUGUUCCAUUUAAGAGUUGGUUUGAUCCUGCUGUAUUAUGCAAUGCAUCCGGUCAAAAUCGUUUAGUUGCUGCUGAAAUGGAAAGUUCUCUAAUUACAAAACUACAUCAAAUUAUUCAUCCAUUCAUACUUCGUCGAUCAAAAAUUGAAGUUAAUUUAAAAUUACCUCCAAAGAAGGAAAUAGUUCUCCGCGUAAAUAUGUCACCUAUUCAAAAGAAGUUAUAUGAUUAUAUUGUUGAUAUUCUACUAAAAAAUCAAAAUCUGUGUGAUUUGAGUGCUUUAUUAAGAAAUAAGUCAAACAAUUACAGAGUCGGAUAUACAUGGACUUCUGUUGAUAAAUUUAAUAUACUUGAGGAAUCUGUAACCCGUCGUAAACCUCAUCGAAAUAAGUCUCACUCUCCUCGAGUCACUAGAAGUAUAAGCUCCAAAACCAGCUCCACAGAAAUGACACUUAAAAAAGAAUCUACAAAGACGGAAGUUGAUUCUGAAUUUGUAUUGCUACCGAAUAUUAGCUUGAAUAACGGGUUCAUGCUUUUACGACGGAUUGUCAAUCAUCCAUUCUUGGUUAUUGAACGACCAUCUUCACUGCAACCGGAAUCAUCUUCUGUUAUUAUUCCCGGCUCGCCAAAUAACAUUUCUGGAGAUUCAGACAAUAUGUCAGUAGAAAAAGAAGAUAUGUCUAUUCUUACUGUUGAGCAGAAAGAGUUAAUUGAAGCUAGCGGGAAAACGCGUCUACUUGAUCGUCUUCUUAAACGGUUGAUUGGAGAUGGACAUAAAGUAGUUGUUUUCUCUCAAUUCACAAUGAUUUUAGAUCUACUGGAAGAGUUAUUAGACUCUAGAUCAUUACCUUUUGUAAGAAUUGAUGGUUCAACAAGAAUUUAUGAUCGUCAGAAUGCUAUCAGACGUUUUAAUCUUGAAAGUGUUGAACAACUUCCAGUAUUUUUAAUAUCAACUAAAGCUGGCGGUUGCGGGAUAAACUUGCAAACAGCUGCAGAUACUGUUAUCAUAUUCGAUUCUGACUGGAAUCCACAAUCAGAUUUACAAGCUCAAGAUCGUUGUCAUCGUAUUGGACAGACAAAACCUGUUCUUGUAAUUCGUUUAAUUACAAACGAAUCAAUUGAUGAGAGUAUACUACAACGUGCACAAGCAAAACGUGGUCUUGAACGUCUUCUGCUCAAUCAUCGAGUAUCAAGUUUAGAUCCAUCAUUGUAUGAUAAAUCAUUACAAUUUCAUGAAUUAAUGAAUACUGAUGAAAAGGAAAAGAAUGAAAUCGACGCGACUGAAACUGACGAAGUGGAUUUUCAGCCACUGCCGAUUUCUGAUGAUCCUGUCUAUGACAAGACAAAUUUAACCAAAUCUGAACUAAUCGACUUAUUAAAACAAACUGAUCAUCAAUCGAAUGUACUUGAUGCGUGUAGUUUAACAGAUGAAGAAUUAAACAAACUACUAGACAGGUCUGAUCUUAUUGAGACUUGGGGAGAAUACAAUAUUGAGGAGAAAGCGUCAUCUAUCAACGAAUGCCCAAGUUCUAGUCCACUUCAUAAUAAUACACCGAUGGUAAAUGAGUGCGAUGAUCUAGGAGACAUGAAAAUUGAUCAAUGUGAUGACAAAGAAAAUCAUCAAAUCUUAGAGGAUAAAAUUAUGUUUGACAAAGUAUACAAUGAAAGUAUACCAGAUCUACAAUAUCUGGAACACGAACCCUGA